AUCUCUCUCUUCUUUCUGCCAACUCUCUCCAUCAUAUCUUCUUCAAACGUGCUCUACUUAGCCUCUGGAACGAAGACACCAACCAAUCGAAGAACUCGGAAAUCUCUACUCCAAAACCUUGCAAUGAAUCCGUGCCCUUUUGUGCGGAUCCUCGUCGGCAACCUGGCCGUGAAAUUUCCCAUAUCCUCCAAGGCCUCCUUCUCCGGCGUCCACCCCUCCACGUCCCCCUGCUUCUGCAAGAUCAAACUCAAGAACUUCCCCACCCAGUACGCAACGGUCCCUCUGAUCGCUCAUGAAAGCCAAACCCAUGACCGCUCCCUCGCCGCCUGCUUCACUCUCAACAAGACCCACGUCGACAAACUCGUUGGGAAGGGCAAGAACCCGGUCUUGCAAAUUUCGGUCUACGCGGGUCGGAGAGGGACGACGUGUGGGUUGAACAGCGGGAAGUUGUUGGGAACUGUCACAGUGGAGGUGGAUCUCCGCGCGGUGGAGACGAAGGCUAGUAAUAUUCACCAGGGGUGGGUUGGUAUUGGAGGGAACAGCAAGAAAGGCGGCUCGUCGGCGCAGUUGUAUUUGAGCGUUAGCGUCGAGCCGGAUCCGAGAUUCGUAUUCCAGUUCGACGGAGAACCGGAGUGCAGUCCUCAGGUUUUUCAGGUUGUCCAUGGCGAUGUUAGGCAGCCUGUGUUUUCUUGCAAAUUUGGUUUCAAGAACAUGGUAGAUCGAAGUUCACCAAGCACGUCAAGAAGUUGCUUGAUGGGCUCUCGCAAGGACCAACAAACGAGAAAACAGAGAAAGGGAUGGCACAUAACCGUCCACGAUCUCUCCGGCUCAUCGGUGGCGAUGGCCUCCAUGGUCAACCCAUUCGUGCCGUCCAGGGGAUCCGAUCGCGUCAGCCAAUCCAACCCCGGCGCGUGGCUCAUCCUCCGCCCAGGCGACGGCGCGUGGAACCCCUGGGGCCGCCUUGAGGCGUGGCGCGAGCGCGGCGGUUCCGACGCUGUCGGAUACCGCUUCCAGCUCUUCUCCGAUUCCGACGCCAGCGCGGCAACGCUUGCCGCAGGCGCCAUCAGCUCCAAGAGCGGCGGAAAAUUCAGCAUAGACAUGACCUCCAGCUUCGCUACCACGACCCCAGUGCACACCCCCAAAAGCAGCUGCGAUUUCGGGUCCGGAUCUUUCGCAUCGUCCAGAGCGUCCUCUCGAUCCGGGUCAGGAUGCGGGUCGGAGCUCGGGUACGGACCUCUUCCACCACAAGCACACGCGGGGUUUGUAAUGUCGUCUACCGUGGAAAGAGCAGGGGGGUGUAGCCAGCCCGAGGUGGAGGUGAGCGCGCAGCACGUGACUUGCUCCGAGGACGCGGCGGCGUUCGUGGCGCUGGCUGCGGCCAUGGAUCUCAGCAUGGACGCUUGCGAGUUGUUCUCCAAGAAGCUCCGAAUGGAGCUCAGGCAGUAGUAGGGUCGGGCUUUGUCGUUUUAGCGGUGUUAGCUCGUCGUUUUAGUGCAUUCUUUGAUUCUAGUGAUAAAAUAACAGCGAUUUUUGGCUGUAUUUUCCUGAUUAAAAUUUUGUAAAGCGAGGAUUGAUUAGGCAUGGAGGUUUUUUUUUUAAUUCCUUGUGCCUCUAUUUUGUAGAGAUUGUUUUUCUUUUUCUUUUUUUCCAAUUUUUGUUGGACAUCGAUCCAUGCGACAUUGUGACCUAUUGCAAAAACAAUGAGAAUCCUAUGUUUUAUUG